UCCGACUCCCAUUGUGACGAAGGGGGAGGACUGUACCAAUUGAGGCUCGCUCUCAAGGGGAGGGGGAAUUGUUCCCCUUGGAGUGCAUAUUUUAAGAGAGAACGGAUCAAUCUGUGGUGCGGUUGCCUUAGGUGGAAGGACAAGACCACCUCCAAGGUUUGGCAUAGGGGAAGUGCCUAAUCAACGCCCUGUGUGAACGUGCCCAUUGUUUUCAAACCAUUUUGUGGAUUAUUCUUUGUUUCUUCUCCCACCGCCGCCGUCUUCUCCCUGGCACGAAGGAUGGCAACCCGCCGUGCGCUCAAAGCUGUUCUGGUGGAUCUCAGUGGGACCCUUCACGUCGAGGACUCAGCUGUGCCGGGAGCCCGGGAAGCUCUUAAAAGGCUGCGCAGCACUCCGGUUGCCAUCAGAUUUGUGACCAACACUACCAAGGAGUGCAAGAGAGACUUGCUGGACAGGCUGAAGAGACUCGACUUCGACAUUCAGGAGGACGAGAUUUUCACGUCUCUAACGGCCGCCAGAAACCUUCUGGAGCAGAAACGGGUCCGGCCCCUGCUGCUCGUGGAAGAGAGCGCGCUGCGUGAUUUCAGAGGUCUAGAUACAAAUGAGCCCAACGCUGUGGUGAUUGGGUUGGCUCCAGACCACUUCAAUUACCAAAUGAUGAAUAAAGCUUUCCAGCUUAUCCUUAAUGGGGCUCCCCUCAUAGCUGUACAUAAAGCUAGAUAUUAUAAGAGGAAAGACGGUCUCGCGCUUGGACCCGGGCCAUUCGUGGCUGGAUUGGAAUAUGCCACUGAUACCCAAGCUACUGUGGUGGGGAAACCGGAGCGAACGUUCUUCUUGGAAGCCUUGCGCGGUACCAACUGUGCGCCGGAGGAAGCCAUCAUGAUUGGUGAUGACUGCAGGGAUGACGUUGGCGGUGCCCAGAAUGCUGGCAUGCUGGGUAUACUGGUCAAGACUGGCAAAUACCGUGAAGCCGAUGAAGGCAAAAUUAAUCCUCCUCCGUACUUGAUUUGUGAGAGUUUCCCCCAUGCCGUAGACCACAUCCUCCAGCAUCUACUGUGAAGACACCUAAGAAGUUUGGAACUCCCAUCUUCCAGUGCUGCAAGUCAAAUCCUCCAUCCUCAUUCUUCGAGCCAAGCCGCGCAAAUCAGGAGAAUUCUCCAGCGAUGCUCUGGCUGGCCUGUUCCAGAAUGCCUGUCGAGGACUGCUUAGUAGAAAGCUGCCCUACGUAAAAACAACUCCCUUCAUUCGGAAGACUAGCAUUAUCCACAAAAAGGUUUUUACCCCAGCAUGCUGUUUUUCUCUGUGCAGGGAGUGUCAUAUAUCAGGGCAUUUCGACAGUGCAGUUCCCCGCCUGAAGUCUGCAGAGGUACAGGCCAGGAUCAGACCACAUCCCCGUGUGUUUACUGAACACGUAGUUCAGUCCUUAAUGGGACACUGUGCAUUUAGCAGAAAAGGAGAUGAAAUACGGCCUGUAUCCUAAGAGGUGGGAAGGGAGCAGCCUGUCUCUGCCCAUUAGUUACGAUGGAGCUGAGGGUUCUUCUUGAGUAUCUGACCUACUGGUACAAGGGCAAGAUUGGCACAUUUUGGCAGUCUCCCAUAGGACGGUAAAGAAAUGGAGGCGUCCAUCUUUUAAUGUGAGAAUGGAAUGGGCACGGCUGCAGCUGGUUCUGGAGGUCUCACGCAUAUGGACCGAAACGCAAUAAAGGGCUAGAAAAGG